CUCUCCACACAGCGAAUAUAACCAGAAGCAAAAGAGAGAGAGAGAGAAUCUAGAGCAAGAGAGAGAAGGAGAGGAAGAAGAAGAAGAGGAGCUGGGGUCAUACUCACCGUCUUCUUCUUAUCAAAUUCAUACCUAGCUCAUAAUUGCUUUUGCAUAUGGAGUAAUUAAGGCGUAUAAUUUCAUUUUGUUUACUCAUUGAUUUUGUUUUCAUGGGUAACAAAGGAAGGGUUUCUUUCCAGCUGGUCAAAUUGGAGAAUUCCAACAACAUGUUGGAGGGUCCUUCCUAUCUUGUGUCAAGGGAGUUGCCGAGCUCAUGCGAGCAGGAGAGCAAAUGGAUUUACAAUACUCACCGUGUUAUGGAGCUCUCAAACAAUAAGCGCCCCCUUGCAGACGGGGAAGAACUCACGUUGAGGAAGGCAUGCAAGCUAUCAGAUGCUGUUCUAGGAGGUGAAGCAGUUUUGGAUCUUAAUGGCCUUUCUCUUUCCCCUGCCAAGGACCAGUCAAAUGACCAGCAUCAUGAAGGUGGAAAUUCUGAUUCAAGUUCACUAAUCAACCAACUUGGUCGGGAUAACUCAAUAAGCUGUCUCCUUCGCUGCUCGAGGUCUGAUUAUGGCUCAAUUGCCUCAUUGAAUAAAAACUUCCGCUCUCUAAUUCGGAGUGGGGAGCUGUACACACUGAGGCGGAAAAUGGAUAUUGUUGAACAUUGGGUUUACUUCUCUUGCAACCUCCUUGAAUGGGAGGCAUUUGAUCCCGAUCGCAGACGUUGGAUGCAUUUGCCUAGAAUGACGUCAAAUGAUUGUUUCAUGUGUUCGGACAAGGAGUCGUUGGCCGUUGGUACCGAACUUCUUGUUUUUGGAAAGGAAAUAACGUCCCAUGUUAUUUAUAGAUACAGCAUUUUGACCAACACGUGGUCAUCCGGCACUAAGAUGAAUACACCUAGAUGCUUGUUCGGUUCUGCUAGCCGUGGGGAAAUUGCAAUUCUAGCUGGGGGUUGCGAUCCACGUGGCAAUAUCUUGAACUCUGCUGAGCUGUAUAAUUCAGAAACAGGAACUUGGCUGACUCUUCGAAACAUGAAUAAACCUAGAAAAAUGUGUUCUGGGGUAUUUAUGGAUGGGAAGUUUUAUGUCAUCGGUGGGAUAGGAGUGGGCGAUCCAAAGCAACUAACAAGCGGAGAGGUGUACGAUUUGGAGAAGGGGACCUGGACUGAGAUACCAAACAUGUUCCCUGGACGAAAUGGAGGAGCUGGGGCAGCUGAGGCGCCUGCUGCAGCUGAGGCACCUCCUCUGCUUGCAGUGGUAAAUAACAUAUUGUAUGCUGCAGAUUAUGCAGAAAAGGAGGUGAGGAAAUACGAUAAGGAGAAGAACGUGUGGGUGGCUGUUGGGAGAUUGCCUGAGCGGGCUGUCUCGAUGAAUGGUUGGGGAUUAGCAUUCCGGGCAUGUGGAGAUCGGUUAAUUGUGAUUGGUGGACCUAGGGUAUUAGGAGGAGGGACAAUUGAACUUAAUUCUUGGGUCCCUGAUGGAAGCUCACCACAAUGGGACCUGCUUGCCAGAAAACCGUCUGGCAGCUUUGUGUAUAAUUGUGCGGUGAUGGGAUGCUAAGAUCUGGUUUCAGUGACACCGUGUGUGCUGUGUGGAAUCCUGGGUGGAAUUUGCAAUCUUCGCUUUUCAAGGAGAUGGGGUUCCGGCUUGUGGGUAAUCUCUGCCCUCCUUUUUUGGGGAAAUUCAGGUUUUUAUUUAGAGUCAUAGAUACAUUCACAGAAGGAGGCCUGAAGAGUUGUUUUUCCUUUUUUCUCUUCUUUUGAACUUUAUUGCGUUGCGUCUUUUUUCCCCCUUUGGUAACUUUUGAGCUUCUGAAAGGUUGGCAUCAUGUAGAAUGGGCAAAGGUGAAUAAACUGAAGUACUGGUACAUGUUUUAGGUUGUGAUGACUAUUUUCAUAAGUUUUAUUGAAGCAUUGCAGAAUUGUGUAAUGGUUCAAGUUUUUCGUUUCCUUUAUUUCUCAAGCAAUUAUAUCUCAAGUUCUCAAAAAAGAAAAGAAAAUUGACUUC